AUGCAUGUUGUACUCCGAUCUAAGCUAUGCGGCGUCACGCAUGCCAGCCGUGGCCGCACGGGGCCUUUAGUUGUCGCAUCGGCGCACGGCAGGCCAGCGAGUCAAAGCAUCAAGGCCGCCAAGGUCGCCGCGUCCGUUGCCGCCUCUAGCUUCUUGUUGCUCGGAUCUCCAGCAGCGCAAGCGGUGGGAAUUGAGAGCGUGGACCUGCUGCCAUCAAGCAUCGACAAGCCGGCGGCCCUCUCCAAAUAUGCUGAGGAACAAAAGCAGAAGCUUGCUCAGGCUGACGAGGCCUUUCAGAACAGCAGCACACUCAAGGAGCUCCUGGCUCGCAGCGAGGCGAACCAGGCCAAGAACCGCAAAGACAUUGCGGGUUCGAACCCGUCCUCAGAGAACAAAAACUGCCCGCAAGGCGUUGAGGGUAUAGGCCGUGGGGUGGAUGCAUGGAAUCUGAGGGCUCCUGGUGGUCUUGGGGCUGGGGCGGCAGGGGCUUGGGGGUACGAGGGGGUUGGAAGUAGGCUCAAGUGGCUGGCUGAUCUACUGGGGGUCCAGGUCCCCGAGGAACCGAGCGCCGUAGCCGGGGGCAAGACCUUGAAGGAGCUGAUCUACGACGACGACGACAAGUAG